UUUAUCAUCCAUUUCUCAUCCACUUCUCAUCUUCUGUUUGCUUUAUAAUCAGCCUUUUUCUUGUGUUUUGCCCCUCUCCCAUCUGCAUGUCCACCCCUCCCUCAACCACACCCACCGCAAACAACUCUGCUCCCAUCUCACGCACCCCCAGCCUCGCAGCUCCCAUGGCCACAAACACCUACCCCGCAGGGCCCUCCGCCCCGGAACCGUACGCACCCAACUCGGAAGAGUAUGCCGAGGAAGAGCGCAUUCGCUCGCGCGCUGGUACAGGCCAGAGCGCAUCAGGGCGCACGCUCAAUAAUAGCUCGGCGGAGGGGUCGUCAGGGGAGAAGAUUGCUUAUGGAUCGAGCAAGGCAGAGGCUGCAAACAAUUCAGGGCCGGCGAAUGGCGCUGGUGCGCCAGGUGGGAAGGGACCCAGAAAGUUUGCGCACAACUUCUGGGACCCCGAAAUGGCAAAAUUCAGAGGUAUCGCCUUCAAGAUUCUCGGCAUGACUGUUGUCAUAACAACACUCGUGGUCUGGCUAUGUCUGCCCGUCUAUUGGGGUUCUUUGUGGAAGGCAAACAAGUACACCGACAAGCUCACCGUUCGUAUCAUCAAUCGCGACUCCGGCACCGUCGGCAGCAACAUCACCGACACCCUCCUCGCCCAAAAGAACCUCCGCUACUUUGAGACCUCCGCCUCUGAAUUCCCCACGAACGAUCUUGUCGCAAACGAUGUCGUCGAAGAAGGUGUCUGGGCGGCGAUCGUCAUUAGUGAAGGAGUGUCUGACGGGCUUGUGUCGGCGAGGGAGAAUGGGCUGGCGAGCUGGAAUGGGUCGAAUGCGAUCGAGGUGUUUUAUGCGCAAGGCCGACAGGAGAUGGCGAUCAAUACCUACAUGCUGCCCUAUAUCCAGGCGUCCCUCUCCCAGAUCUGUUCUCAGAUGAACGCUCAAGACACUGCUGCAUACUUGCAAGCCAACGCAAACAAUGCCACCGCUAUCGGACUCCUCGCUCAGGCCCCGACUACACUCACCAACGGCGUCUGGUACACCCUCAACAACCUGCGUCCAUACAACCAGCCCGUCGCUACCGCCAUCACCUUGGUCGGCCUUAUCUACAUGCUCAUCUUGUCCUUCAUCAUGACCAUGACCAACAAUGCCGUCCGUGAAAUUAUCGCGCCCUUCCUCAAGACCCGGUCGUACAUCAUGUACCGCCUCAUCACCCCCCUCUGCCUCUACCUCGUCAUCUCCUUCUUCUUCGUGAUGGUCAACCUUCCUUUCAAAGUCCACUUUGACGCCCACUACACCUACGCCGGUGGCUUCUUCCUUUGGUGGUUCUCCUUAUACCUUGGCAUGUGUUCUGUCGGGCUCGCGACGGAGGCUGCCAUCACGGUGCUGGGGCCAAAAUUUAUGGCAUUCUUCUUGAUCCCGAUUAUUAUCGUGAAUGUGUCGGUGUGCUCGUUGCCGCAUGAGCUGCAGCCUUGGAUUUAUAGGUAUGGCGUUGCUAUGCCUUUCUACAACUGCAACCGUAUCGUCCGAACUAUCAUCUUCAACACCAAAAACGACAUCGGCAUGAACCUCGGUAUCCUCAUCGCCUGGAUCGUCGUUUCCUUCAUCACCAUCUCUCUCGGGACGUGGCUGUUCAGGAGACGGUCUGUGAAUCAGCAUAAUAAGGAACUGGGUGAGAGUGAGUUUGAUUAGGGGAUGUUUUGAUCUGAUUUCUUGAGGGGUAUCUUUUCAUAGAUUGUAGGGAGAGAGAGGAGGGAGGAGCUUUUGUACUGCUCGUACGGUGCAGUACGUUAAUAUCUAUGGCUUUAUAGAGUGUUUAUAAUGAGUAUCCAGUUGGUAUGGAUGAUCAAAUAAUUUGGUAUCUUCCUGUAAUAGCGGUAUAUGGUUGAGCCAGGUAUAUAGUGACCGUUUUACCUCCCCAGCCCAAACAGUAACAUGUGUAUAUGUGGUAUUUGUGACUAUCGAUCAACUACGGCGAUACGAUGAGUGUACUACUAUAACAGGAUCCAGCCAUCAGUCCCCGCUUUGCAUGUACUCGUAUCUCGUCC